UCUUGGCUGACUCGACCCGAACCGAUGCCCCAACGCCAGGGACAAUCCGUUGGACCUAAAAAUGCAAUUUUAGCAAAUUUAGGCCGAUGCGUUUUGUAAUUUUCCGUUUUGGAGAGGAAUUUUUAGAAUAACCUUCAACUUCUAAUGAAGGUCAAUCGAACUUCACCAGUCGAAAUAAACCAUCCCCAAUAAGUAAAAACCUCAAGCCCGCCGCCGCCGACUACACCGUCGCUGCCGUGAGACCACUAGCUACGUAGAUGGAGAACGAGGGGAAGAAGAAGAAGGACGUGUACGAGAGCUACGUGGUCGUGCAUAACAUCGCGAAGAGGCACAACGUCGGGACGCUCGCCCGCAGCGCCACCGCGUUCGGCGUGGCGGAGCUGGUACUUGUCGGGAGGCGCGAUUUCAACGCCUUUGGGAGCCAUGGUUCAACCUCGCACCUCCGAUUCCGCCAUUUCCACUCUCUGUCCCUCGCCUGUUCCUACCUCAAGGAGAGGGACUGUGAUAUAUGCGGAGUAGAGAUUACGGAAAAUGCCAUGCCAGUGAACGAGCACCCUUUCAGAAAGAGCACCGCCUUUCUUCUUGGCAAUGAGGGAACAGGGCUUUCGGAAAAAGAGUGUGAGAUAUGCGACUUUUUCGUAUACAUCCCGCAAUAUGGGGGUGGAACUGCUUCUUUGAAUGUCACUGUGGCUGCUUCCAUUGUUCUACAUCAUUAUGCAGUUUGGGCUGGAUUCUCUGAGAGAACCCGUGACGGAAACAAGUUUAUAGUUUCUGAAAAGCCCACGAAUCAGAUGCGGCAAAGAUUUUGCACAGAAACAGCAGAAGCCAUUGCUGAAGAAAGAAAGCUGAAAAAGGAAAAUGCAGCCAACGGAUUUUUUAAUGAAGGUGGCAAAGAUGAAGCUUCUGGGAACCUUUUGGAUACAUUGUUUGAUCACAUUGAAGGCAGAUUAGAAUAGAAGCUCGGAUGCCGAAAUUCCAACAAGGUAGGAAGCAUCAACCGCACAUUUGUUCUUGCUAAAAGGGUUUGUGCUGGGAGAGCUUACAUACGGGUAUUGAAUCUUGAAAGGAUACGAAUUUAAAAUAUCUGUCAAUGGAAUGCAUCGUAUCUAUUUCGGUAGAAUUCGAAAAAGAUGAUGGUUUUCCAAGUUGUAAGAGGCAAGCAGAUAAGUUAAUGGUGGGGUUUGGUUUAUCUGAAUCCUUUGCUAUCUUAUGAAACUAAAAGUGCCCCUUGAAUUUUCCAACCUGUAAGAGGCAAGCAUAAAGUUUGAUUGCUAGUCUUAUGUUCCCCGUUAUUUAUCAACAUGCCUGUCUUAAAUAUUUGUUACAUGUGAGUGAUAUUUUACUAUUUUUUAAA